AUGUUAUCGCAAAUAAGCUAUGCUAUUCUCGUGCUCUGCUUUUGUGCUUCAGUUUACGCGGAUAUUUCACAUUUUCUUGCUGGCGAUUAUGACUACUAUUCACAGCAAUAUCAGUAUCCUGUAGCUUUAGUGCCACAACAAUCCGCCGUGCCGAGCCUGUAUGGUGCGCCGCCACCCGCGCCGGGAGAUUUUCCUUCGAAUGCUACUAUUCCCGAUACACCGCCUACAUCUACACAUUCUCCUGUAGCGCCAGUGCAGCCCUCAACUACUGAGUUCACAUUGCCCGAGAUUGUGGAGAAUCGCAGCGCUAAGAGUGGUAGAUUUAAUUUUAUACCAUUGCGCAAUCAGUAUUUGACACCGGAGGAGAAUCGGCCUAAUUAUGAGGCAUCCAAGCGGCCGCCUACCUCGGGCGCCGGCUACUUUUACCCCCGUCCCACAUCCACAUUUAUACCAAUAACGAGACCAACCAUCACCACUACAACUGAGCGCCCCCACCCUAUUGUGGUGCUGGAUCCACCAGCUAUUCUACCAUCCGCACAAGCUCCCAUCAACAGCGAACCAAUUGCACUACAGCCACCUGUGCAAGGCAGUGGACAGGGAUAUGAUUACAAUGUACCCGCUGGUCCACCAUUCCAGCUGCCUCUUUCAACACCUGCGCCUGCUUAUUUGCCAGCAGAUAACAAUACAAUCGAAAGUGGUGCCUUACGCCUGCACGUACACGAAAUGCGUUGCAUGCAACACGCUGGCGGCGGCUAUUUUCGCGCCGUACUCAAAGUGGACAGUUUCAUAGGCGCAGCGCCCACAGUCGACAAUGAUUCGAACGACAAGCGUUGCGAGUUAAAGUUGGCGCGCAGCUUUGUGGUGGCUGAUAUCGUCGAGGAGGACUUUGAAAAGUGUGGCGUGCACACUUGCGGCAAGGAUUUGUGUUUACGUUGGCGGUUUCCCAGCAUACGCGGCAUGCGCACGAGCGCAGAUGGCAUACUGACACUGCACUGCAAAACGCAACAGCGCGUGGCGGUAAAGACGCAUGCGCUCAAAAUGAGCGUGUUCAAUGAGGUACAAGCGCGCAGCCUGGGCACGUAUGCGCACGGUGGGACACAGUUGCCUUUUCGCACGCACGUAGAGCUACUGCGGCGCACAGCACAGGGAUAUGAGCGUCAACUAGAUGCAACCAGCGCGGUGUUGCUGGGUGAGGAAUUACUGCUGCGCGCGCAUGUUAUCGCUGGUGAUGGUUGGAAUUACACCAAACUGACAGAUGUUAAUGUGGAACGCGUCUCACCGUCCGGUGAGCUGUUGAACAAUGUUGCGCUUAUAACUCCACGCGGCUGCAUUAACCCCUCCAUGCAGAGCAUUUGCACGCAACCACCGAGUUUCGACCCGCCACUCGGCCAUCGCUUGAACUUCAAAGCUGUUAUGUUUCAGGGCAUGCACAGCGGUGAUGAGCUCGUCAUAUCAAUGCGUAUUACUGGCUGUAUGGAAGCGCGCGAUUGCCAUGUCGAUGCCAGUGAUUGUGGCGCGGUGGGCAAUUUGUGGCGGCGUAAGCGUAAUGUAAGCGCUCACAUGGCGGGCGUGGACAACCAGCAAAGCACCGCGAAUGGCAGCGAAGUGUCCGAGAUAUCACGCAUCGCAUUCAGAGUUGUAAUGCCGAAAGAAGGUGUGGCAGAGCUCAAAGCUCGAAGUGGCACAGGCGCAGGCGCAGGCAUGGAGCUUGAGGAGCAAGCAGCAACUGUUGCUACGUCACUGUGGGAGAGCGCAAAUGACAAUAUGCUAGUGCAGUUGAGCGCUUUGAAAUUGAUCUCAGCUGUGGGUUUUGUGCUGCUGCUGACCUGCUUAGGCAUAUUUGCAGCGGUUAAACUGACAAAAUGAGAUCCUCAAGACGAAAAUUCUAGUUACGUAUUUAAAUAACAAAUUGUGGUCUUUAAGAGAAAAAGAAGAAUAUUAGGAAUUUGACAAAGGUUACCGUUCUGCCUUUAAAAGUAGUUGUCGGUAAUUAAAAUGA